AUGGCGAUCUUGAAGACGAGAAAAAAUUAUUGUUGGGGAAUGUUGGCAAGAUUUAGUAGACUUCAUCCAGAAACAAAGGUAGCAGAUGCAAAGUCAGCCAGGGUGUUGAAAUGGGAAAGAAUAGAAGAGAAAGCCAAGAAGAAGAAACCAAAACUCUUGAACAAGUUUGAUAAAACCAUUAAAACUGAACUUGAUGCUGCUGAAAAGCUGCGUAAAAAGGGUAAAGUUGAAGAAGCACUGAAGGCAUUUGAAGCCUUAGUGAACAAGUAUCCACAAAGUCCACGAGGAAGAUAUGGCAAAGCACAGUCUGAGGAUGACUUGGCUGAGAAGAUGAGAAGCAAUGAAAUGCUGCAAAAAGCCAUCAGUACCUACGAGGAAGUGGCCAGCCUGCCAAAUGCCCCUACUGAUCUGAUAAAACUGAGUUUGAAACGACAAGCAGACAGGCAGCAAUUUCUUGGUCGCAUGAGAGGAUCUCUGGUUACUCUGCAAAAAUUAGUUAAUCUGUUUCCCAAUGAUACUUCAUUAAAGAAUGACCUUGGAGUAGGUUACCUUUUGAUAGGGGAUAACAGCAAUGCGAAGAAAGUUUACGAGGAGGUUCUGAGUCUGGCUCCAGAUGACGGCUUUGCUAAAGUACAUUAUGGAUUCAUCCUCAAGGCAGAAAACAAAAUAGCUGAGAGCAUUCCGUAUUUGAAGGAAGGACUAGAAUCUGGUGACCCUGGCACGGAUGAUGGACGCUUUUAUUUUCAUUUGGGUGAUGCCUUACAGAGAGUUGGAGACAAAGAGGCAUACAAAUGGUAUGAGCUUGGAUACCAAAGAGGUCACUUUGCAUCUGUUUGGCAGCGCUCCCUCUACAAUGUGAAGGGACUAAAAGCUCAGCCUUGGUGGACAGCAAAGGAAACUGGUUAUGCUGAAUUGGUGAAGUCCCUAGAAAGAAACUGGAAGCUUAUUCGUGAUGAAGGGCUUGCUGUGAUGGAUAGAAGAAAGAGCCUCUUCUUGCCUGAAGAUGAGAACCUACGGGAGAAGGGAGAUUGGAGCCAGUUCACCCUGUGGCAGCAAGGAAGAAAAAAUGAAAAUGCUUGUAAAGGCGUUCCUAAAACUUGUGCUUUAUUGGAAAAAUACCCAGAGGCUACGGGUUGCAGAAGAGGACAGAUCAAGUAUUCCAUCAUGCACCCAGGGACUCAUGUCUGGCCUCACACGGGACCUACUAACUGUAGGUUGAGGAUGCACUUGGGCUUGGUAAUACCAAAAGAAGGCUGCAAAAUUCGAUGUGCUCAGGAAAACAGAACCUGGGAAGAAGGGAAGGUUCUUAUCUUUGAUGACUCUUUCGAACAUGAAGUGUGGCAGGAUGCAGAAGAUUAUCGGCUGAUAUUCAUUGUGGACGUAUGGCACCCUGAGUUAACACCACAACAGAGACGUACCCUUCCUGCCAUUUAAGCAGUAAUUUCUCAUGCAAAAACCACAUGAAGUUUAACCUUUUAGAGUAUAUACAGCAUUAAUUUGCCUGGUACUAAGGCCUUCUAAUAGUUGAAAGAUAAGAAGCAAUUGCUUCACAAUCAUUAUGGACUCAGCUUUAAAAAAAAUUCCUAUUUCUAUUUCGUACUGAUACAGCACUGAUCUGAUCUUUUUUGCUUUUAGGCUGCAGGUACAAAAAUACUGAUUCUUGUCAGCCAAAAAGCUUUAGUUCUAGAUUUUCAAAAUGAAGAAAUGCAGGCACAUGUUCGAUGCCAAAAUUGUGUGUACAGAAACUAUUGCAUGUUCAUGUAUAUGCAGCCAGGCACCUCAUUUGCCAUGUUUAUGCACAAGUAUCUGGACUGUAUAUGUUUUUUUACCUGAUAAUUAGGUGCAUAAAUAUGUGCAUGCAACUAACCGUGAAAAUCUAUCGUACAGUUUUGAAUAGUAGAUGUUUAAGGUAUAAAGCAACUAGACACAUCUACAUAUAGUAUCAACUGUAGAUAAUGUGAAUCAAUAGGUUUGUUUUGUAUUUUUCUACACAAGUAAUUGUAUUUUUCUAGCAUAACUACACACAGAUCACUUGCUUUUAUGAACCACUAUUUUUUUCAAAAGAACAUGUAUAAUAAGUGCAUCUCCAGCUAUCAGCAGAUGGAGGAACUUUAUUUGGAUAGACCUUAUUUUUGCUAUGUAUGACCUUCUUUUGCCUUCUGAAAAUACUAUUAGUAACUUACAUUAUUUAAUUGUUAGUUAAUAGAGUUUUAAGACAGAUAAUGAGAUCAGUUUUGUUUUCCUGAAGUGAAAUAGCCUCCUUUCAGUAGUAGGGUGCAGUCCUGGGGUGAUAAGCAUUUGUGACAGUCACCUGUUAGCUAAAAUGAGAGUUGUCAGUGCUCAACAGCUUUCAGAGUCAUAUAUGGAUAUUAACUGUUGUUCUCUGUCACGUGAAGUCCCUCUGCAUCGUGACAACCUCUUCUGUCCAGGAAGAGCAGGUUUCAGCUCCUUCCAGGGAUUCUUUGAGAUUGACCUGACUGGCCUUUCUUCCAAAUAAGAACCCAGAUAGAAUGGAAACAACAUUCCCUGAAGUAGAAGCAGAAGACCACGCUGUAAUAUAGAUCUCUGAUCCUGCUCUGGAGGCACCAAAUUCAGUGGGAAUGAAAAGACCAAAAAAAGUGCAAUUGUUUAAAAAAUUUAUUAACUUAAUUUUCAAUGUACUCUGUAUUUGUUCUGUUUAUUAUGAGGUGAAAAGGCCUUAUUUCCCAAAUGAAUCCUGUGAGGUGUCAUGGUACAGAAUUUACUGUUUUUCUUUGCACUGCCAUACAGGGGAACACCUGCCAUUAAUAUCUAGGAGUACUGAAAAGGUAAAGCGGAAGAGGGAUGAUCAAGAUGAAGAAUUUACUUCAUGAAUUUCAUCAGGAUAUUCUGUCCAGUCAUCUGCAAGUACCAGUAAGCUGUUGAAACUGAUGCAAGGUGUUUAGAAUAGCAAGGCAAGGGAGCACUAGGGAUUAUCAUAAGGCAGUACAAGAUGAUGUGCAGAAACAUAGGCAACUUAUCCUCUUCCGUUCUUGGCUUGGAAAGUGUUGCUAAUAUGCUAAACUUAUGAAUGUGUUAUGUUACUAAGGUGUCUUACAUUACGGUAUCUAAGAACCACAUGUCUCUAUUUCAUAUGCUAUACAAUAGCCUAAAAUAGCAACAUUGAUAAAAUAACUGUGUAUUUCCAUAAAUUAAGAGCCUUCCAAACUUUCUGUUUUAUUAAAUAGUUAGAUCUUGUCAUGCCAUAAAACAUAAUGAAUAAUGACUUGUGGCAUGAAUUGCAUAACAAUUUUUGGAGGUAUGCACUAUUUCCUUUUGCAUUGGAAAAAUCUGAUUAUCAUGUUCUGAUCAAGAUUCAGUCCUGGAUAGUUAUGGUCCAAAAAAGCUUUGCUAUGUUCUCUAAAUGAGAGAAGACAAAAAGAAGACAGAACAGUAUAACCCAUAUCUAUAAGGUGUUCACAGUACUCAGGCCAAUCAUCAGUGGAAUUUAAUAUAAUUAUGUUUGUUUCACAUUUCGAAACUUAAAAAUGCUUCUUUGAAAGGAUUUGUUAGAAUUAUAUAUAAAAGCAGUUUAGAUAUGAGGUACUCAUUCAAUAGAAACCAGUCCAUCUAACUACUGAAUGCUAUAUUUCAUAAUAUAGUAAAAGGAUAAAAAAAUGGUGAAAAUAAUUUAUAAAGGAGGCAUCCAGAAGUGUUUAUCUCAGAAGCAAAUAUGUUUCCUUCAAAGAAUAUUUUUAAUUGACUUUAAAUUACAUUGCAGUUUCCAGAGCUAAGAAUUAAUACCUAUGUUCCAGUGAAGACAUAACAAUUUUCUUAAUUUUAAUUUGAGAAAGCCCUUGCCAUCUUUUUCUUUUUUUUUGUUUGAGCUCAGAGUGUUCCAUUACUGUUCAUAUAGUAUUUCUCUUAAUUUCCUCUGGAAGAUGAAACCUUAUCUUUUGAGAUUAUGAUUAACAAAUUGAUUAAAGCCAUCUAUCCAAAACAUGGACACACAGGGGUAUUGCUGCUCAUUAAAUAGUAUAUGGAAGAAUAGCAUGCAUCUAAAACCUAAAGUGCUCCUUCAACCCUGACUCCAUUCCAUGCUUUAGGGGCUUCUGUUUGAUGGAGCUAUUGGAAUAGGUUCUUACAUAAAAGGCAUGUGCAGGAGCCAGUAAAAAUUGCACUGUGAAUAAAUGCUGCACCAUUUUCAGGCUUUCUGGACUGUAAACAGAUACUUCAGCCUAAUUCGGAGCCUUUAUGAGCUGGAAAAGUCUACUGACCUGAAACAAAUGAAUAAAUGAAAGAAUCAAAU